CUGUUCUCCAUGGCGGUACCUUUUUGGUUUCCUCCUUGAUCCUCUUGCCACUGGAACAAAAGGAGAACUGGCUGCCCAUGGUGCAGCACCUGCCUGUGCAGCCUGAGGAGCGAAGGGGAGGAAAGCGGGGCACUCUGCAUCCCGCUCUGCCUGCGCUGGCAGUGAGCUUGUUCAGUCACUUCGCUAGAAAUGCCUUUGAACUGCUGCCAGAUCCCAUUGUCUGCCGUGCAAAUGGAGUUCAACGCCCUGCCGUGAUUAGAUGCACAGUGUGUAAGAGGAGGAAGGAAUGGAGCUGUAUCCCCACCCUGAAGGAGCAUCUCAAAUCUGCUGUGUGCUGUGAUAAUCUGAAUACUGGACCAUGCUUCCCUGUCUUCCUCUGCACACCAUCUUCCUUACUUUCCUCUCGUCGUUCCUGAGAUUUCAGGGAGUGACACGGAAGCUUUUCAGAGAGGAGCUGCAAGACAAGAUAGUUUCUGGGGAGAAGAGGGCUGUGCUUUUGGGCUGUUUAUGUGGGACUGUGCUUUGCCCAGCACCCACCUGUAGCUGCAGUAUGAUAUACCAGCUAGUGGUUAAUGGUGCUUAUGCUCAGCAGUGAUGUGCUCUUUUUUAGCAUGAAAUUAUUUACAUUUUUCCAUUCAUCUGCACUUAAAAAUUCGAGCAUCCUUAGGUUCACAAAAUGAUCUGAGAGAUUUUGGCAACACUGAGUGAAGGCAAGGCAGCUACUGCUACUAAUAAUGGCUCAGCCAUCUACCAACUGUGCAGCCCAGCUGCCCUUCUCCAGAAAGGCCAGCUCACUUUCUAUAUGAUUUUUGUGAAGAGCAGCUCUCAGGCUUUCUUGCUUUCCCUUUGGCUCCAUGUCUUUCCUUGGGUUGCUGACUCUCAGACCCCUUUUGAGAAAGUAACUUCACUUGAGGAUUUCGCUUUUAAAGGAUGCGAAGAGAAGGUGCCAUCAUGUGAAUGUGAAACAGCUAAAUGAGAAACAGAACACCUGGGAAGGCUGAGCUGAAACCACUUGUACACAGGAUGACAGACUGAUUUGCUGUUGGAGACGAGAUUUGGGAAACCCCGCUCCUCCAAAAGACUUUCCUGAGUGAGAGGAGAGGAACCAAGAGGAAGCACACAAAAGAGCAAUGGGAAUUGAGGGCCAUGGUUACUUGAGAUAAAUGGCAGAUCCCUGGGAGUCUAGCCAUGUAGCUGUUUGCUUUAGCUUUGUCUCUCUCUGCAGCUGCUCUUUCUUUUUUGCCAGCUGCUGCUGGGUACUACCACAGCAGCACUGGAGACUUCGAGAGCAACGUGGGUGCAGAGUGUGAGGAGGGGGUGGGCAGCCCGCCUCACCAUGAUUCAGUUGUGGAAAGUAGUGCGGCACGUGCGGCAGCUGGAGCUCCACAGAUUGAUCCUGCUGCUCAUUGCCUUCAGCCUGGUCUCCAUGUGCAUCCUGGCUUACUACGUCACUAACAGUCCCAAAAUCAAGGAGCCGCCACCCCUGCCAUUCAGUGACUGCAGCAACCAGCACCGCAUCUUGAUCCCACCGCAAGCCAACUGGAGGCUCACGAAAUCGGUGGACACCUCACGCACAGAUCCUGUGGUGCUAGUCUUUGUGGAAAGCAUUUACUCCCAGCUGGGGCAGGAAAUAGUGGCCAUCCUGGAAUCUAGCCGGUUUAAAUACAGGACAGAGAUCGCCCCUGGCAAAGGGGAUAUGCCCACUCUGACAGACAAAGAUAGGGGACGCUACGCUCUUAUUAUCUAUGAGAACAUCCUUAAAUAUGUGAACCUAGAUGCUUGGAACCGAGAGUUGCUGGACAAAUACUGUGUAGAGUAUGGCGUGGGGAUUAUAGGCUUUUUCAAAGCCAACGAGAACAGCCUACUCAGUGCACAGCUCAAGGGGUUCCCCCUUUUCCUACAUUCCAACUUGGGGCUGCGAGACUAUCACAUCAACCCUAGUGCUCCCCUGCUCUAUGUCACCCGGGCUAAUGAGGUUGAGCAGGGUCCCCUGCCUGGUGAUGACUGGACUGUGUUCCAGUCAAACCACAGCACCUAUGAGCCAGUGCUGUUGGCCAGCACGAAGUCCUCGGAGUCCAUUCCUCACCUAGCCACUCACAAAGCGUUGCAUGCCACGGUGGUGCAGGACCUGGGUCUGCAUGAUGGGAUUCAGCGGGUUCUCUUUGGCAAUAACCUCAAUUUUUGGCUGCACAAACUCAUUUUCGUGGAUGCCAUUGCCUAUUUGACUGGCAAGCGCCUCUGUCUCACACUUGAUCGCUAUAUCCUCGUCGACAUUGAUGAUAUAUUUGUGGGAAAAGAGGGCACUCGCAUGAAAGUGUCUGAUGUAGAGGCUUUACUGAGCACACAGAAUAAGCUGAGAACUUUAGUCCCAAAUUUCACCUUCAACCUGGGCUUCUCAGGGAAAUUCUACCACACAGGUACAGAUGAGGAAGAUGAAGGGGAUGACAUGCUGCUCAAACACAGGAAGGAGUUCUGGUGGUUCCCUCACAUGUGGAGUCACAUGCAGCCUCAUCUUUUCCACAAUGUCACUGUGCUGGCUGAGCAGAUGAAGCUCAACAAACAGUUUGCUGUGGAGCAUGGGAUUCCCACAGACUUGGGCUAUGCCGUAGCCCCCCAUCAUUCUGGGGUUUAUCCUGUCCACACGCAACUCUAUGAGGCAUGGAAAUCCGUGUGGAGCAUCCAAGUAACAAGCACAGAGGAAUACCCACACCUACGGCCUGCCCGGUACCGGCGUGGAUUCAUCCAUAAUGGAAUCAUGGUUCUGCCUCGACAGACCUGUGGUCUUUUUACUCACACUAUCUUCUAUAAUGAAUAUCCUGGUGGCUCGAAGGAGUUGGACAAGAGCAUUCGUGGUGGUGAACUCUUCCUGACAGUGCUCCUGAACCCAAUCAGCAUCUUCAUGACCCACCUGUCCAACUAUGGGAAUGACCGCCUGGGACUGUACACUUUUGAGAGCCUGGUCAAGUUUGUGCAGUGCUGGACCAACCUUCGCCUGCAGACACUACCCCCUGUCCAACUUGCAAAAAAAUACUUUGAAAUCUUUCCCCAGGAGAAGAAUCCCUUGUGGCAGAAUCCCUGUGAUGAUAAGAGGCACAAGGAUAUCUGGUCCAAAGAGAAAACAUGUGAUCGACUCCCCAAGUUCCUCAUCGUGGGACCUCAGAAAACCGGCACAACAGCUGUGCACUUCUUCUUGACCAUGCAUCCAGCUGUCACCAGUAACUUCCCAAGUCCAACCACCUUUGAGGAGAUCCAGUUUUUUAAUGGACCCAACUAUCAUAAAGGAAUUGAUUGGUACAUGGAAUUCUUUCCCAUCCCCUCCAAUGCCAGCACUGACUUCAUGUUUGAGAAGAGUGCCAAUUACUUUGACACAGAGGUGGUUCCAAAACGUGGUGCAGCCCUGCUUCCUCGAGCCAAAAUCAUAACUGUUCUGAUCAACCCUGCUGACCGAGCCUAUUCGUGGUACCAGCACCAGCGUGCUCACAAUGACCCUGUGGCGCUCAAUUACACCUUCUACGAAGUGAUCUCUGCGAAAUCCCAGGCCCCUCAGGAACUGCGCAACCUGCAAAGCCGCUGCCUGCUCCCUGGCUGGUAUUCAAGUCACCUAGAGCGCUGGCUCACGUACUACCCCUCUGGGCAGCUGCUCAUUGUGGAUGGCCAGGAGCUGAGACACAACCCUGCCUCCGUAAUGGACAAUAUCCAGAAGUUCUUGGGAGUUACGCCACUCUUUAACUACACCCAGGCCCUCAGAUUUGAUGAAGCAAAAGGAUUUUGGUGCCAGCUGCUAGAUGGAGGAAAGACUAAAUGCCUAGGAAAGAGUAAAGGAAGAAAAUACCCUGAUAUGGAUUCCUCGUCACGGCUGUUCCUAAGAGACUUCUACCGGGAGCACAACAUUGAAUUAUCCAAGCUGAUGAACAGACUUGGGCAGCCCCUUCCAACCUGGCUCCGAGAGGAACUGCAGAACUCCAGCUGGAGCUGAGAGGGACUCCCUUGCCCCCAGUGCCAUUGGGAUGUGUGGUGCUCUACCAUGUGCUAUGAUGCCAUCUCUUGUCAAGCCAAAACAACUGGACAAACGAGCAGGAGCAGAGAAUAUGCAUGUGGAGCCUUUCCCCACUAUUAGGAAGGGCUGCUGCCUCUGACACUGCCCUGGGGCAUGGAGUGCAAAUCACAUUCUUGAGUAUUAAUGGUGUGUUACACUUUUACUUACAGGAAGGAUCUGGAAUGGCUGCCCUACUUUGAGCAGGGGAGAGAGAGCACGGUUAACACUUUAUGUUUAAAAUUACUCUUCUCAGUAUAUGAAACAGGCACUAGCUGGCGGGUUAACGUGUUACUCCACUGAGUCCAGAAGUCAAGACUUAAGAGGUGAGCUAUCGAGCCCACUGCUGAGAAAAAAGCAGCAGCUUAAUAAAAGGGGAAUCUAGUCCAAUGAACCCCAGCUUUUAUCCAGUACUCUAUUGGGCAACGACAAGGUACAAGAACUCCUUGUUCCUCCCCACACAGAGUGCAGUGGCCAUGAUCGUUACUUACAGUGCCACAGUGUGUGGCUGUUGGGGACUGCACCUUCUUGGAGACAGACAUAACAGACAGAAGAUUGCCUCUUCUUACCUGCACCAUUGCUGGUGUGAUACGGUGUCCAGUGACUUGGGCAGUGGGAGAGAAGGCAAGGCUGCAGCUACCAACACACACAAUUCAUUUGUUAUCUUAGGGAAAAGGUUGCCUGCCAUAUGUGGCAACGGGGCAAGUAUUUCUCUGCAGGGACUUUAGACAUUUCAAAAGAUUAACCAAGGAGUAGUAUGUCCCCUUAGAGCACUUUGGAGGCAUGCGUUAGUGCAGGAGUGCAGCUGGAGGAGGUGAGGCAACACUCAGGUAUUGUAAAAUAAGGCUGAUGCAGCUGAAAGCAGACACUUCAGAUCCCCAUCUCUGAUCAGCUUUAAAAAAAAGCAAAGCAACAUUUUUCUCCUUCCAACAGCUCCAGGGCCCCUAUCAGGUAUGCUGAUAGCUAGCACCUGUUUUAAUCCUCCUGCAGUCCAACAAUCCAAGGAGAAAAGCAAAAAGCAGUUAAGUAUCCUUCACAUACAAAGGGAAAGUUCAGUUCCCUAUAUCCAAAAGGGGCUGUUUAGUUUACUACUUCUGCACGUAGUCAAGUAAGUACACUUAAGGUGCUUUGCCUCCUCCCGCAGUUGCUGGGUAAUUAUUCUCAGAGGAAAUCCUCCAUCAUGGUUGUACAUGUUUUCUGUUGCUGAGCCAUGGGCUUCUGGAGUGGUGUGGGCCAUCAUCCCUCCCUCCUGGGCACAGAUGGUCCCUGGAGAUUGCUGCAGUUCCAGAGAACAGAGGGGCAGGAUCCAUAUGAACACGGAUUAUGGAAACUUCCACACCUGUCAUGAGCUCCUUUUCUCCUCCCAGGGGAGAGAGGUUGCUUCAACCAAGCUUUUCCAUUGAGCCUUAGGUAUUGUGUAUUUCUGAAUGAAUGGUGCAUUUACCAUUGUAUGUAAAUGUAUAUAGUAUGCAAUAUAGUAUUUUAUUUCAUGUGCCCUUGGAAAGGGUUAUUUUGUGCAGCCAAAAAAAAGGACAGACUAGAAACCCCUCUCUCACUGCUGUUAGAGAGAAGAGCCCGACUUCCUGCACUGGAUUCAUGUAUAGCAUCAUUCACAUUGAAUGAUAAUGAGAAAUUCUUGGCUCUCGAAGCUGAGCACAAGUGUCUGAAUAAAAGCUAGAAGUAGUAAGUGGAUUCAAUAAAUGUACUACUUAUUUUUC